AUGGCGGUGCAGAUAUCUAAGAAGAGGAAGGUUUGUGAAGAUUUAUCUUUACUUUUAGAGAUUUGACUUCACAUAAAUCGAAAACAUCCUUAUAGUUAAGCAGUUUGUUACUGCGGUAACAUGUCCUGUGAGUAGAUGUAAGAUUUUCUGUAGUUUUUUUAAAAAGCUACGGCUGGUGACCUAGCAUGCUAGGCAGCACGCGCACAUGAUCCCAUACUGUAGUGUGCUGAAAUAUAUUCCUCAUUGACCAGUGUAGUUGUCUAAAGAUGUUAACUAACUAAUUACUUUGCUAACCCACCGGUACCUACCUUAUCCGCAUCUUCAAAAUGUCACUAAAUCCCUCAAUUUACAGGGUAUUAUCCUGGCCAUGAAAGUUUAGUUUGUACAAUAUUACAGCAGAUUUCCAUAAAACAUCAACAUGCCCUGUGAGGCCAGAUAAUAGGUGCGUUGGGAAAAUAAGUUACUUCCGGAUAGAUGGGGUUCUCUCGUUUGGACCAGGAGAGUUAAACUGUAUUUUUUAAUAUGAUCGAAGUGUACAUGUAGCAUUCCAAUCUUUACUUUGGUUAGACAGGAUACAGUAUCCUUGGUAUGUCUAAUGAUUGAUGUAAUGAGUAGCCAGGAUGCUGUCUUUCAAACUUUGUCCCUGCUAAGUUACCUGCUGAUGACCUCACUCACCCUCCUCCUGUCUUCAUAUUUUUACAGUUUGUCGCUGAUGGCAUCUUCAAAGCUGAACUGAACGAGUUCCUCACCAGAGAGCUCGCUGAGGAUGGCUACUCUGGUGUGGAGGUUCGUGUCACCCCAACCAGGACUGAAAUCAUCAUCCUGGCUACCAGGUGAGUCCAAAAACCUGGAUAUCAAAACCAGAGGAUUUGUGGCAGACUGGCACAUUCUACUCCAAAAUCAAAGUUUGUCAGAUGUUUUGACCUCAAAAGUAGUCUGUCAAGAUGAAUGUCCUGCUAUAUGCCUGAACAGUAUGAAAAAUGUAUGCACUCACUAACUGUAAGUCGCUCUGGAUAAGAGCGUCUGCUAAAUGACUAAAAUGUAAAAACACCAAAUGAAUAAAAAAAAAGCUUAGCACUGCAAAUCUGUAAAUUACAUGGUGCAUAUCUGGUCCCUUUAUUUUGGGUUGUGGCUUAUAGCUGUAUCUGUGGGGGGGAAUUAGUGAGUGCGUGCUGAUUGCCGUUCAUGGUGAAUGAAAUAAUGUUCCCUAUAUUUUCAAUGCAUUUUCUGCAAUGGGUGGGAACGUGGACUUUUCUCCACAUAUGACCACAUGAGGUUUGAAUAUCUGACAAAUUUAGAUUUUUAGAAAGUUGUCUCUGAUAACGGACACUACUGCUGAGAGAGAGCCAGUGAGUUGACUCAAACUGGUGAGGUGCGAACAGACCAUAUACUCUUUCUCCAGGACACAGAACGUGCUUGGUGAGAAGGGGCGUCGUAUCCGUGAGCUGACUGCAGUGGUCCAGAAGAGGUUUGGCUUCCCAGAGGGCAGUGUUGAGGUAAGGAAUGCUUGGUUUCAGACGCCAAGGCCACCCAUUGUCAUGUUAUGGCCAUGAUAGGUCGCUACAUUUUUGUUUUCAUUGCUUCAGAAACAUGUGGGAGAGGACCAUAUUAUAUUUGAGGGGUGGUGGGUGACUAUAAAGUUACUAUUUGCUUGUGGCUCAUUCCUUGUCAAAUACUACCAGAAAUUCUACCAUUGUCGUCUCGUCCCCUAAACACUGUUUCUGCUCUGUGAAAAGUUUGCAACAUACUGUGUUUUUCUUGCCAUCAGCUGUAUGCUGAGAAGGUUGCCACUCGUGGUCUGUGCGCCAUCGCCCAGGCCGAGUCUCUGCGCUACAAGCUUCUUGGGGGUCUGGCUGUCCGCAGGUGAGGAUCUUUGCCCUGUUUUUUUCUAAUGCGAACUAUGGCAAGUACUUGAUUAAAGGUUUGUAUUCAACAAGUACUGUACAGGGUUUUUUUCUGUUUCAAAAGGAUUAAAAUAAAUAAACAAUGAUUCCAAGGGCUGAUUUUCUUCUUUUAUAGCCGCUUUAAAGCUAUUUUCCUGCAAUUCUACACAUGUUGCCAUGGAGCUGAGAGAAGUCCUGCAAUUCUAUGCAUUUUGCUAUGGCUAAUGCUGUGUAUUUUUGCUCAAACAUAAUUAACUAAAUCAAUACUGCUAAAUUCAUGGUUUUUGGAAUGUUCAAUUCUCCCUGACUGUCUAGUUUUUAUUUUGUUGAUUGUUAGUUCUAAAAUAUUAUAUUUUUUAGGCAUUUGACUUUACACUGAAAGCGUUUUUCAUCCCGGGGAGUUUUGUUAUUUUUUUACUCUGCUCAAAAUGUGUACCUGCAACUAUAAUGGCCCUCGCAAGGAUUUCAAUGGCAAAAAAUCCCUGCUCUAAUUUUUUUGAAAUGCAACUAUUUAGCAGGUAAAAUGUAUAAGCACUGACAACAUUUCAAACUCUUAAGAUGUGUUUGUGGAGUAUGUCAAGUGCUGUGAAAAUGUAAAGUUUUGUUUUCAGUUGUGUACUGUAAACCUUUUGCCUUCAGCCAUGUUUCAUCUUUUAAAAGACUAAUGCAUAAUUUUCAUGAGUACUUGAAUGGACAUUCCUGUCAAACCUUUAAUGAAAAGAUAGUGAAGUGAGGCAGUGGUGCUUGUGACUUAAGUUAUUAUUUUAGGUGUUAGUUGAAACUGGAAGAUCCCAGUGUUAGAGCGCAAUCUCAUUGUGAAAGUCAAUAUUUGACACGCUACUCUAAAGGGUGGGAUGAAUGGAGUUUAGGAGAUCAAGACUACAAUUAUCUGUUGUAUAUCGUUGUCAUAUUUUUCAUGGCACUGUCUGGCAGAGUUGAAGUCCCGGGACUUGUAAGAAUAUAUGGUGUUUUUAAUUCUGCUUGUUUUGGUGUUGCAGAGCCUGCUAUGGUGUCCUGCGCUUCAUCAUGGAGAGCGGGUCCAAGGGUUGCGAGGUGGUGGUCUCUGGAAAGCUCAGGGGCCAGAGGGCCAAAUCCAUGAAGUUCGUGGAUGGCCUCAUGAUCCACAGUGGGGACCCCGUUAACUACUACGUCGACACCGCUGUCCGCCAUGUGCUGCUCCGUCAAGGUGAGGUCACCCUGGGGUUUUAUGCCUGAUUCACACUAUAGGCCCAAGCUGUCUGGACUGGCCUCUUUACGCAUCCACCAUGGUUGUUAGAACUGUGCUGGAAUGGAUAAUGUGGCUAUAUCACAAUGAUCUCUUAUUCAUCCCAAAGUGUGCACUUGUUCACUUACUUCCCUUAACUGAUUUGAAAGGAAAUGACUGGUAUAAGACAUAUGGUGGAAACUCCCACUAGCCCAUGCUUCUACCAAUUCAAUGUUUUUAGAUUUGUGGGAAGUAGGGAAUGAAUGCACAGUUCAAGAGAAGGGCGAUAUUAUUGGGAUGCACACAGUGAGAAGAAAUGAUCCGAGCUAGCUCCAUAUGGUUCGGAUCGGCCCUAUAGUGUGGAUCGGGCGUUAGAUGGGCCAGGUCAAGACUAGUGUUGCACAGUAUACCGGUACCACAGUAAUAUCACUGUACCAAAACGUCAUGAUACUUAUGAUACCAACAUUUUAGAAUACUGUAGUAUCGUUUCAUAUGAUACUACCACAUUUUUCAGCCCUCCUGAUCUAAAGAACCUGCUGGCACCAGUUAUAAAAAUUUUAUGAAGUCAGUUUUGUUUCUAAAUUCAGUUGAGUUUAAGCAACAGCCACUAGUCUCUUGUAUGCGCAUGUCUAAUAAUAUCCACUUCACUUUCAUGCACAUAUCACGUGUGGCAGCUGUAAUCAGCCAGCUGCAUCCUCUACCAGCCCUCACGCACCUGCUUCUCUCUGUCCGCUCUUCAUGAUCAUCUAUUCCUCCAUCAGUUUUUAAAAUAUAAUUCAGCCUUGAUGGCGAAUGGGGAUGCAGACCCUGAUGAGUAUUGUUAGAUUUGUUCAAUUGGAACAGUGCGCCGAGCGAGCAAUGUUGACACAUUGUAUAAAUUCAUCACCUGUUAUAACCAAGAGCACAGGCCAGUCUGAGUAGAUUUUACAAGUUCACUGUCAUGCAGCCUCUGAGUCCCAGAGAGGGCAAAGAAAACGUUCAGUCAGUUUACCUAGCUAGCUAACAACCUGGUAACUUGACAGUGUCUAGGCAAGUGUCAUUAACACAGGAAGAAAAGAAAAGGGUCUGAUACUCAUGAGAUGCGCUUCAAAGGUAGAUUUCAUAUAGGCCUAAUGUAAGCCUAAACUAUAUCAAAAAUCAAUUUCUUUCUGGUGCUCCUUACAUUCUGUUUGGUGCCUAAUGUUUUAUAAGUUGUGAGCAAUGUGCGUGUGUUUGUGCGAGAGUGGUGUGUGUGAGGAAGGGCGGGAGAGUGUGUCUGUUAACUGAAGAGUAAAUAAUGUUUCAUGCAGUGUUUUUCCCCUUACUGCCACAAUGACAUGCAGAUUAUGCAUGUAUAUUCCUUCCUUCCAUCACUCCAACCAAAUCACGGGUAGGCCUUUGCAAAUAUGAGCAAAUCAGCCAUUCUAUGCAGUAUUCUAUUUUACACUGAACAGUUAAGUUAAAUUCAAUGUGUUUUAUUGAAUAGAAGUGAAUUUGUGACAGGUUUUUGCGCAGCACAUACGUAGACAGUUUAGGAAAAAACGCAGGGUUCGCACAACGCGCUUGAGGUGCUUAAAGUACUUGAAUUUGGAACUCUGAACUUCAAGUACUGGAAUACCUUAAAUCAGACAUUUUCUCAAGUUGGAACUUCAAAAGUACUUGCAUUAAAAUGAGAGGAGAACAGAUAAUAACCAAACAUUGUGACCAUUGGUGAAUCGACCCUGAAGAGCCACAUGAAGGGGGAAAGACAACGCUGCAUCCUGCGCUGGCGCAAGUUCUACAUUGUAACUUUUUCUCUGCAACGGCCUCCUGAGCUUUUUUGCCAAUAGCCUCAUUCAUGGGGUGGCCGCAGUAAUCCGCUUUAUCAAGCAGCAGCCGUGCGCCUGGCGUUCUGGUGGCCGUUCACAUGCUCCCUCACACAGCCCACCCGCCCUUCUCCCGACCAGCGACACUAAAGCUGCAGUCGGAAGCAAGACUUUUUUUUUGUUGUAGCUAUUAAGUAGUAGAUGCCCAAUAAAAACAGUAAUUAAGCUGGAAUUGUGUAGUAAUGCGAAUAGGAAAUGUGUGUUCACCAGUAGGCAUGUCUCUCAACUCUGCUAAUCACUACUCAAAUUACAAAAUCAUCAGUACUGACAUCCCACUCAUGUAUGUAGUAAAUAAGUAGGGAAACAACAUAUUAUUUAGUAGAACUUGUAAGGUAGUGAUGAAUACUGUAUUUUUUUUUUUUAGGUUGUGGCAAUAUACUGCCAUCUGGUGGCAACUGGAAACAAUUGCAUAAUGUUAACUAACAAAUUGAUGGUCCAUGAAAAUAGAUAUUAGUACUAGUAUGAAAAAGUAUUUCAGUUUGACUUGCCACUGUCUAUACGAACUCAGGAACAGGAACAAGCGUCUCGGGGACAGGGCUAACAGGACGCUAGGCCACUGAUUUCCCCCCCAUGGUAUCGUUAGUAAAAGGUUGAUAUAGUGACAACACUAAUCAAGACGACUUGUCUUAUGCAACAGGACCAGAAAUGAGAAGUGAUGAAAUGGUGACAAAUACUUGAGGUGCAAUCUGUUCUGCCUGUCCAAAGGUGUGCUGGGGAUCAAGGUGAAGAUCAUGCUGCCCUGGGAUCCCAGCGGUAAGAUCGGCCCCAAGAAGCCUCUCCCUGACCACGUGAGCAUUGUGGAGCCCAAGGACGAGCAGGUCCCCUCUACCCCCAUCUCAGAGCAGAAGGGAGCCAAGCCGGAGGCCGCUGCCGUCGCACCUGCGACACCCGUCCCCACAGCAUAA